AUGUCAAGAUUGCCUGCUGUGGCUGUUAUUGUGGCUCUCGGUGGCUGCAACAAGUCCCUUGAGUAUUCGUGGUCCACUUCCCUCGGUUCUCUGCCCAGCCUAUAUAUCAUACCAGGUGAGCCCAGGCUCCAUGAGAUCGCCGAUGCACUCUACUUUUCACGAUGCGAGACCGAAAUGCCAUAUGGUACUGGCACUGCAGGGUUUUACUUUUUUGUUUCCUUGGGCUUGGGGUGCUCUGUGCUACCCCCCCCCCCCCCCCCAGAUCGAAGUUACACCGCAGCCGCUGUUACACCCGCCGUGAAUCUCCCGCCAACUAGGUUUGUGAUCUGA